UGGGGUUUCCGCUUCCGGGGACGAAUUGUUGACGCCUGCGGUCGCGGCGGCGGGUCGUGGGGAGGGGACGUUGGGGAAGUGAACUGGCGCAGUGACAGGUACCGCUGCGGGUGCGGUUGAGACAACGAUGGCAGAGGCGCCCGAGGAAGCCCGAGGCCGCCCUCCCGGGCAGGACGACAGCGGAAAAGACCACGAACCGGUCCCCUCCCUGAGAGGCCCUCCCGCCGCUGCCCCCGGACCCCGCGACGGGCCGCAGGCCGAACCCCAGGCCCCGGGUCGGCCCCCGACCCCAGCCCUCGCUCCCGCCCCCCUCGAGGGGUCGGAGUCGUCGCGCGAGCCCAGGAGGCGCCAGGAGGCGGCGCGCGGCUCGAUCGCCGCUCCUCAGGAACCCGCGGGCUGCGAGGCUCCCGAGGCCGCGGCGCCGCGCGAGAGGCCGGGGCGGCUGAGCGCCUGCGAGUACUCGCGGCAGGUGCACGAGUGGCUGUGGCAGUCCUACUGCGGCUACCUCACCUGGCACAGCGGCCUGGCCGCCUUCCCCGGCUACUGCAGCCUCCAGCCGCCCCCGCCCAGCUACCCCGUGCCCCCAGCCGCCGCGCCGCUCGGUUACUACAGCCCCUUCUACUUUCUGAGCGCCGGGGCCGCCGGGGCUGACCCCGGGGCGGCCGUGGGCAUCGCCACCCCUGCUCCCGUCGCAGGCCUGGGGCCGCGCGCUGCUCAGGUACAGGGAUCGGCCCGGGCGACUCCGGCGACGAGGGUGGGAGCAGCAGCUCCUUCGCGAACGGCGGGCGAGACCGAGCAGCAGGCAGGCAGAGAGUAUGUUAUUCCAUCCUUGGCCCACAGAUUUAUGGCAGAGAUGGUGGAUUUCUUUAUUCUCUUCUUUAUAAAAGCAACCAUUGUCUUAAGCAUUAUGCACCUGAGUGGAAUAAAGGACAUCUCUAAAUUUGCUAUGCAUUAUAUAAUAGAAGAAAUCGAUGAAGACACAUCAAUGGAAGACUUGCAGAAAAUGAUGGUUGUGGCACUUAUAUACAGAUUAUUAGUUUGUUUCUAUGAGAUAAUUUGCAUUUGGGGAACAGAUGGUGCGACCCCAGGAAAAUUCCUGCUGGGGCUUCGAGUUGUGACCUGUGACACAUCAGUGCUUAUUGCACCAAGUCGGGUUUUAGUUAUUCCUUCCUCAAAUGUUAGCAUUACAACGUCCACCAUACGAGCUUUGAUCAAGAACUUUUCUAUUGCCUCUUUUUUCCCUGCUUUCAUCACGCUGCUGUUUUUUCAGCAUAAUCGAACAGCCUAUGACAUUGUAGCAGGAACCAUUGUAGUAAAGAGAAAUGGGGUCAGAUGAUGCCCCCAAAAUAAUGAAGUUCAUACUCUGGAAUAAGACAAAACUAAUAAUGUAUCAAGGCCAUCAGUAUCCCUGGGUUAUAUUAACCAGUGAUUUAGAAAUUAAAGCAAUCACUCCAGUGUGGUGCAGGUGGCCAUUCUGAAAGUUACUGAUUUUACCUGAAUGCCAAAGAACUUUUCCAAAAGAAAAACCUGUUAAAUUCAAGUGUUAAAAAAUUUUAGAUCAAAAAGGCAGCAAAUGGUUUUCUAAUAAACAGACAGUAUAUACUUUCUUUAGAUCUAAGGCAUUGGAUUUUGUUGAAAGCAUUUUCUGCUUUGAAAUCUCCAACUGAAACUUUAAAACUUUAUUUUGGUUUAUCCCAAAAUGAUGGAAAAUGUCAAGUUGUGUUUUAUAAACACAUAAUUUUCCCCAGAAGGGGAAACUUUUUUGCAGGAGGGAACAAGAACACAGACUGGGUAAUCCCCAUGUCUCCCACCCCAGGCGCUGCUAACUUAGCUGCAAGAAAAAAGGGCAAGGCAGGCCGGCUGGCCUCGCACUCCCCAUCCCCUACACUGUCCGGUCCGGUGUGGAAUGCAGGUGUCUCAGUAAGGGUGUGAUUUUACCACUGCUCUUAGUGCUUAAGUACACAUUUUGGGCAAGUUUUCCAAACUAAUGGAAAACUACUGUCCUGUUGCUAUAUUAUCACUGAAAUUUUUUAAAGAAAAAGUUAGUGAUUGCUUAUAAUGGAGAAUUUUAAUGCUCUAAAAUCAAACUGUAAAUAUGUGGAGAAAACUUACUUCCAUCAAACCAUUGUGUAAUUACUAUAAAACAAUAUUCUCUAUGUGCAGCAUGAAGAAAGUGUUAAUGCUUUUCAGUGUUUGGAAUAUGGGUAUGACUUCUGUUUAUAUACAAUAUACUCACAUAGUUGUUACUUUCCUAUUUUAUACAGUUCGGUGACUCUUGAAGCAUCAAGUUAAAGAUGUAUUUCAUGAAUGACUCUAUAAAUACUAGUAGCCUGUAAAAUAUUAGCAAUUUUCCCAUUAUGAACUGUUCUCUCCAAAAAAUUGGACAAUAUCAUUUCCACACAUUCUAGCUUCUUUUAGAAGCAUUUUGGGCCUGUAAGAGAUGAAGUUUUGGGGAAAAGAUUAAGCAAAAAAAUACUUUGUGAAUUGCCAUUUUACUUUAUACUACUGAAGCAAUACUGGUGGGGAGGUGCUUUUUUUUUUUUUUUUUUUUUUGUACUGGGGAUCGAACGCAGGACCUUGCACUUGGCAAGGCAGGCGGCGAAGCCACUGAGCUAAAUCCCCUGUCCUGGGGAGGUGCUUUUGUUGUAUGUCCUAGUUAGCUGUAAGAUAUACCUGUACUAUAAUUUAUUUCACUUAGUCAUUUUCUCCAACUCUGAUAUUUUCCUAAAAACACUAAACUGUUCUGCACAGUUAAACAUUACAUUGCGUGAGAUCAAGAUUUUUCUCUUGGUCUUAAAUUGGAAAUGUAAGACUUCUGUUAUCACUCAAUUUUAAAGUGAGACUUUGACAUUAAAACUGUGAAAAUACAAUUUAAUGUUUAUAGACACUUUAACAAUGUCCUUAUUAAUAACUUUAUUAUAAAAUCUUUUUCAAAAUAAUUUUAUAUUAAGUCCAACUUUACCAAAAGCUUAUCAGUUAAAUAUAUCAGAGUACUAAAUAGAUCAUUCACUUGAAGCCUCUGGGAAAAUUUAGUUUUACGGUGCUUCCCAGUAAAAAAACAAAAAAUCUUUUAAUUCUAUUAAAAAUUCGGAGGGCCAGGGGUUUAGUUCGGUGGUGCCGCUGCCUGCCUCACAAGCGCAGGGUCCUGAGUUUGAUCCCCGAUACAAAAAAAUUGGGAAAUAUUAUAAACUUAGCACUUAAUCUGCACAUUAGCAUUAUGUACUACCUUGCCACUGAGGAAUUCAAGUUGAAACAUCAUUUAGUCCUAAAGCUCUAGAGUAGUACAUCUUUGAAAUUCUGAAAUUUCUGCUCAAAUAAAAUACAUAGUUGCCUAUCCUGGGUUACAGGAAAAAAAAAAGGGUCCUGUUUAAUGUUAUACAUAAAGUAUUAUGAUUUGCUAUAUGUAAGUUGAGAUUAAAACCUAGAUCCAACUGUGGAUUCAGUUAUAUAGCCCUGUAAAAGAUUAUGUGUUUUAAGUAUUACUUUGCCUUCACAACAAAAGCCUAAGUCUGUUUCUAUUUAUGAAUUCAGCACUUGGUUCCCAAAAUUAGAAAACAGGACUAAACAAUGAAGGAAAAGGAAAUGUGGCCUUGCUGCCCUUUUUCUCUUGGGGAACUUCUCCUUUUGAAGACACUUUUCUACUUUAUUUUACUUUUAGAAAGUGAUCUUCUACGUAUAGUAAUUCUCAUGUUGAAGCCCUAGCCUUUUUAAAAGGCAAAAGAAAGUUGUAUUCAUAAUAAAACAAUCAGUGCAAUAAGUAUUAGGACUUGAGCAGAGAACACAAUUUCAGUAAGCAUGUCCUAAGCUAAAAUCUUAGGACUGAUACAAUGAUGAGAAAUUAUGUUGUCUUAUUGCUGUAUUAUCAAUUCAGUUAAUAAAUGACUAGAAGUGAACUUGGGCAACUCAGAAAUCUAACUGCAUCUCUAAAUGUACACUGAAGUGGCCAGUCCACCUUGAGGAGUCUGGCAUAUCAGUUAAUCAUGUUGAAGCCAGAAGGUGGGCCCCCGGAAGGUAAGUUUUGAGUGACUGCAAGCCUUGCUUUUGGGCUGCUAAUGAGACCACAGAAAUAAAGCCAACACAUGGAUAAUAAGCCAUCAAUUGCCAGUAUUAUAAAGAAUAGCCUAACUACUUCUCUGGAUUGGUUCAGCAGUUGUUCACCCAGGUAUUUAGGAAUCUUUAAAAAGGCAUUCUACUUGAGGGUCAGUCACUUUGUUUAAACCACAAAAACAAGUCUUCAGUGUUUUUAAUGUAUUAAAUUAUGGUAAAAUUUAUUUUAACUAGUAAUUGAAAGGGUUUUGAGUGUUUUGCUUAUGCCAAGUAUUUCCAGCAAAGUGAAAGUUGAAAAUUUUAAAUUAUUAGCUACAUAGGAAUAAAGAGCUUUUGAAGGAGGAUGGAGUGUUACAUGUUUUGACUCUGUAUUUGUUGCUGUUUUAAAGACUCUGCAUAGACAACAGUAUUCCCUUAACCUGACAAGUAGUUCAGUUUCUUGCCACCCGCCCCCGCCAAUACCAAAAGCGCCAAAGUCCUUACAGCCUGUGCUGGUAUGGGUGAAAUAUGUGCAUAUUUCCUUACAGCUCACUGUAGGACCCUGGACCUGCAAAACAGUAUCUGAUGGCCCACUUACAAAUACAGUUCACCAUUUUGUUUUUAAUUUGGAUGCCACCAGUUUGUAUUUGUCUCAAUAAAUACUUAAGUACCAA